AUGAAAUUCCUCAUCAUCGGCGGAAGCGGUCGCUCAGGCCGACUGGUGAUUGAAGAAGCCCUCUCAAAGGGCCAUCAAAUCACAGCCCUCGUCCGAAACCCGUCUUCCUUGGAAGAGCGUGAGGGCCUCACGGUUGUCAAGGGGUCACCUCUCAGCGUGGCUGAUAUCGCCAGAGCCCUUGAGACGAAGACAUACCCAUUUGACGCCGUCUUUGUCACCCUCAACGCACGCCGAGUCAGCGACAGCCCCUUCGCGGCCGCAGAUCCGGUCAAUUCGCCGCCGCGCCUUAUGGCAGACAGCGUCCGCAACGCCAUCAGAGCCAUGCGUGGUGCCACGCCACCAGUCCCCAAGAUCAUUGUCAUGUCCGCUGUAGGCACGGGCAACUCGUUCAAGAACCUCAACUUUUUGAUGCGCCUCGUCUUCACGCACACCAACAUGCGCCUCAGCAGGGAGGACCACGAUGCUGUGGACAAGGAACUCCGAGACGCGCCGGGGAUCCAGUUUGUGGAGGUCCGGCCCCAUAUGCUGACGGAUGAUGAGGCGGCUGAUAUGAAAGUGUAUCCGGACGAUGGACGGGGGGCGGGAUUCAUGCCCAAGGUUUCGCGGGCGAGUGUGGCGAGGUUCAUGGUUCAAGCGGCGGAGUCGUCAGAGUACGAUGGGAGAGCGCCUGUUGUUUCGAAUUAG